AUGCAGAAGAGGAAGAGUUACAGCAGUAUCCAUGAGGCGGUGAGGUGCGGAGAUGUGGAGCAGUUGGAGAUGAUUGUGAAAAGCGGGACGCGAGUUAAUGAGGUGGAUCCAGUCCACAAAUUUACACCCCUGCACUGGGCAGCACACUCCGGGAGCCUGGAGUGCCUUCAUUGGUUGCUUUGGCAUGGAGCAGAUAUCAGUGAAGUGACAACACGAGGGUGGACUGCGGCUCAUUUAGCCGCCAUUAGAGGCCAAGACGCGUGCAUGCAGGCUCUUGUCCUUAGUGGAGCAAACCUUUCAGCUAAAGAUGACCGGCAGUGCUGCCCCACUCACCUGGCGGCUGCCCAUGGCCACUCAUUCACUCUACAGACCAUACUGCGCAGUGGAGCGGAUACAAGCAGUCCUGAUGUGAAUGGUUGGACACCGGUUCACUAUGCUGCCUUCCAUGGCCGACUUGGUUGUUUACAGCUUCUUGGAAGAUGGGGAGCUUCUAUAGAAGACACAGAUCACAAUGGAAACACUCCAGUACAUCUAGCAGCUAUGGAAGGUCACCUGCACUGCUUCAAAUUUCUGCUCAGUAAAGUCGUGAGUAUAACCCGAGCAUUGGAAGCGAGGAACAGCAAUCAAGACAACCCGAGAGACCUGGCCCGACGUUUCUAUAAGGAGAGGAUUACACAGUACAUUGAUGGUGUGGAAUAUGAGCGCGAUCAUCCAGAGGAACACGAGAAUUUGGCAUUUCCUGCUCAUGUUGCUGCCUUCAAAGGUGACUUGGUAACACUUCGAAAGCUGGUGGAAAGUGGAAUUAUCAACAUCAAUGAGCGAGAUGCCCGGGGCUCCACACCACUACAUAAAGCGGCAGGACAAGGUCGGAUUGAAUGCCUACAGUGGCUCCUGGAGAUGGGGGCUGACUACAAUAUCACCAAUGAGGCUGGGGAGACCCCAAAGGAUGUUGCUAAGCGAUUUGCACAGCUAGCCGCCGUCAAACUCCUGGGAGUAGGAGCUGCGGAAGAAGACUCCGAUGAAGAAUUAAGUGAAGAUGAUCCAUUAUUUUUUGAAAGACAUGGAGUAGAGGGGAGCACUGACCAACACGACGAGUUAAACCUUAGUUCAGCUGAGAAGAAGGAGGCACGCAUGAGAGCAUACAAAAAGAUGAAGGAACUCGAGAAUCUUCUGCAGAUUGCUAAAAGCAAUUAUAAGCAUCUUGGUGGGAUCUUGGAAGAGGAAACUCAGAGAAAGAGAGAACAGAAAGAAUCGGACCGGAUGAUUAAAGACUUGGAGGCCCAGCUAGAGUAUGAACGCCUACGCCGGGAGAAGAUGGAGGUCCAGCUGGAUGAAUACAGGGUACAGAUCUCUCAGCUCAACAGCUGCCUGGAACAGAUGAAACCCCCUCCUCGACCCAGUGUAAGUGCUGUCUUCUUUGAAGGCCUCUAA